AGAGAGCGAGCGGCGGCGUGUCUCCUCCUCUCCGAGUGACACAGCAGUUAGAUAUGCCCUAUCAGUAACUUCAAGCCCACAAACUCCACCUCUGACUGAGGAAACUGUGGGCUGAGGGAAAUGUAGUGCGCGAAAUGAGACAGACAGUGAAUCAUUAGCAAACUGCAACGCCAGGAUGAACUUGUCGGGAACCUAAGAGGCGAGGGGAAACAAGCGCCGAGAGUCCCUCUCUCUUUCCCCACCUCCCUCCCUCCCUCCCUCCUUUCUUUCUUUUUUUUCUUUUCCUUUGAGCGCUGCUGGGUUUCGUCCAAAACAAUCAAACUGGAUGUAAAAGCUGGUGGAUCACCAGUCCAAGAUGCUUCUGGUUUCCCCGCGGGUAGAUGCACCACGCAUGGAGCCGCAUAUUCCAUGGUCUCAAGAUGAUGUACAUGGUUCUUCUCCUCCACAUUCAUCCUCUCAACAAACCUGUGAGCAGAACUUGUUCCCAUCUUUAUGGCAUCCGUCUUGGGAGACAAUGGAGGAGUGUACCUUUGAGGGAGAACUGCUGGGACCCAUUAAGAGAAAGCUAGACGAUGACGGUUCUCCAACCUCUACCACCAUGCCUGAGGCCAGCUUUCCAAGCGACAGUAAGAGACUCUGUCUUGACGACGUCACUCUUUCCAUGGGACAUGGGGCCAACCCUGUUUCGUGCGCAGAUAUGCAGCAGUCCCCAUUCUCCACCAGCCACACUGCAUCCUCUAUGGGAGUGGCAGGGCAUGGAAUGCUGCUUGAAAACAACCACAUGAGUGGUAGCAGUAUAGGUUCUCCAUUUCAAGUGCCACCUAACAAUGAAGUGGCACAGAAGGGGCCCUUAGGCGGCCAUUUUGAUGAGAAAGCAGGAAACAUGCAUGCUGUGGACCAGGAGCUGCAAGAUCUGCUGGAGGAGCUAACGAAAAUGCCUGAUCCUUCUCCCAACGAGUUGGACCUUGACAACAUCUUGGAGAAAGAUCCCCUUGGUGGCCCAUGCCACCCGCAGCAAUCCGUCAGCAGCACUCCAAGGGCCUCUCCGCAGACCCCGCAAUUCGACAGCCAUGUGCCCAACAAAGACUUAUCGCAGGGGUCUCCUCAAAUGAGGCCUUCAUCAGCUGGCGCAAGCUACCUGGUUCCGAACCAAAUCAAGAACAUUGGUUCACCAGUUUCUUCAAACAAUGCACCAAACAAGAGCCAAGCUCAGUCUAUGCUCCAAGGAGCUAUGCCCAGCAUGCCUGGCACCAACUGGCAUGCGCAGCAGCUAAAGCAACUGGCUGCGAGCAAGCAAGGCCCAACUGCUAAGCCUCAAACUUCCAGUUGGCCUGCUAUGUCGUCACAAGGCCUCUCUCCUCCUUAUCAACAAGGAUCGUCCCCUCACCAGCAGCCAUUCAGCCCUCAGAAUGUCAUGGUGUCUGGCAUGAGCUCUAGCAGUGUGCCAGGGAGCAGCAUUCAGAGUCCUCAGAACUCCCUGCUCUCCAGCAUAACAUCUGGUAACAACCCGCCCGGCGGUCCAUCUCCUCCUUAUGGUUCCGAGAAGCUUUCUAGCCCAGUUCUCAACCAGCAGCCGUUCAGCCCGCCAAAUCCUAUCCUGACCAACAUAUCCGGCAGCAGCAUCAAAAGCCCACAGAGUACCAGGCCCUCCCCACCAUACAGGCCAGAGAAGUUGUCGAGCCCUGCUCUGCACCAGCAGCCCUUUAGCCCUCAGGGCACCAUGAUGCCAAGCGCCGCCUCUACAAGCAGCUCAGCCAGCAUGCAGGGCUCUCUCUACAAACCCAUGUCGGCAACCCAGGCCAAAAGUAUGGGCAUGAUGAUGCAGCAGCCCUCCAACAACAUGCAGUCGGGCUUGAUGAACGAAAGCGACCUGGGCAGCCAAGACCAGUUCUCCUUCAGUAACACCAAGCCGCUGUCCCAUUUCAGCUCUGAGCCCCCAGCUCCAGCUCCUCAGAAGAUAAAUUUCCCUACAGCCCAUAGGAAGACGCUCCUGCACUAUCUGCAGGCAACGGGGCCGGUGCCACCGCCACCGCCAAAAUCUUCUCAGCAGUCCCAGCAAGUUAACAGCAGCCAAGGCCAAGUCAUGCAGCAGCAGCAGCAGCAACAGCAGCAGCAGCAGCAGCAGCAACAAAUGAUGCACCAGGCUCCGGUUCAGCGGCCUCGACAGAGAUCUCAAAUCAUUGCUAGACUUCAGGAGCCACUAGAGAUCCCACCUGCAGUCCCAGCCUCAGCCUUGGUGAAUGGCUGUAACAUAAGGAACCAUCUACUGAAGCAGCAGAUAAUGAGACGGCAGCAGCAGCAGCAGCUACAGGGCUACCAAAGACAUCGUAUUAAAGUAUAUAGACCUGUCUCUGCUCUUUCAACCAGUCGUCUACAGCUGGAAAAGCAGAGACACAGCAUGAUGGGAGUAUCAUCUGAGCAGAGGGGUCAUUUUGUGGGGCAGCUGAUGAAUCAGUUUACUGCCGUUUCCCAGCCCAUGUCGGCAGAUUGCACCCAGUCCAUGUCGACUCCUUCUCCAAAUCACCGCCUAAUGUCAUCUCCCCAGGGAAUGUUGCAGAGUACCUUGGGCUCUGGGAUCACUCAGAUGGCCCCUGUGAACCAGAAUACUGGGGCAGUGGUGAUGAUUGCACACAACCCCAGCAAGCAGCCAGGAAUGUACCCACCUAAUGCCGAUUUCAGCCUCCCAAUGCGGCAAAGCCAAAAUCCCCUGGGUAUGAGUUCCGGAAUGCAAACGGUUCACGGCCACCCUACCCUUCGGCCUGGCAUGGUGCUGGCCAGCUUUGCCUCUGGUUCCCUAUCGAGCCACACUUCGCAGCAGCAGCAGCAGCAGCAGCACUUGAGGCAGCAGACGAUGCCAAGAAUGGCUAACGUCUACUCCACCUCUCCUCAGAUGUGGUCACAAAGGAUGCCAAAUCAAAGCCAGAUGGAUGCCAGUAUGCAGCAGUUCUCUGGCAAUGCUAUCUUCUCGAAGCAGAAUGCAAGGCCAAAUCUCUCUGGUCCGUCGUUUACCCAGUCUGUGGCGCCACCCAAUCAGAUUGCUCCUGGGGUCCAUGCCAGACAGAUGCAAAAAGCCAGUAUGGGACAAUCAGGCCAGAACUUGGGCCCUCUGAAUAACCAGAACCUGAGACCCAAUCUGACAAGAGUACCUUUGCAAGCAGCGAUGAAUGUCAUGAAGCCAAUGCCGCAAGGCAUAACCAGUUUUAGCCAGCUCAGUGCUGCACACCCAGUCGGCCUACCAACUUAUCCUGGCUCUGCCGGCCAGUCGUCAGGAUCGUUCAGCAGAAUGAGCCCUGCCUCUGAGAUGCAAUCCCAGUACGACUUCAUGGUCCAGCAAAACGAUGCCCUUCUGCCUGAUAACUGCAGCGAUGUUGACUUUAUCGAUAAUCUCAUGAAGAAUAGCGGCGGCAGCGGAAGCAGCGACGAAGAGUGGCUGAAUAAUUUGACAAUGAUAGAUGACAUUUUGGGGCAACAAAGCUCUGGACACGUGUGAUUCUUGAGGGAUGAUGCUGAUGGGUAUGUAAAUAAUCUGUGCAGGACUAAAAAAAGAAAAAAAAGCAUUUACAAUAAUAAUAAUAAUAGAAAUCCUCCCCUUCUUAAUUAACUUGCCCAACUAACUCUUCACCUUUCUCCCAGAUUUUUCAAAUAGCGCUGUAUAUAUAGUUGAAUAUUUUUUGUAAAUUAUGUUUUCCUAAACAUUAAAUAUGGAAGUAUUUAUACUUCUUUGCUGGACUCUUUGUAAAUAUCCUAUAGACUAUUCUCUCCCUUUUCUCUUUCUCUUUCUCUUUCUCUUUUUCUCUUUCUCUUUCUCUCUUUCUCUUUCUCUCUCUCUCUCUCUCUUUCUCUUUCUCUUUCUCUUUCUCUUUCUCUCUCUCUCUCUCUCUCUCUCUCUCUCUCUCUCCUUUCUUAUUUUUUGGUAUAUUAGAGGAGUUGAGUUACAUCUUGUUCUAAAUAUGCAAAUGUUAGUUUCAGUAAUACUGUGUAUUACAGCAUCAAAUAUUUUAUGUCCAGAAAAACAGAGUCAACGGGAAGCAAGGACUGCCACAUUCCUUGCCUUCCCAAGCCCAUGUAAAUUUAAGAUGACAGAUCAACUGAAUUAAAAAUCAGUUUUGAUCUGGCCAACAAUAAUUCAAUCCCUACCAGGCCCAGGAAUUCAUCCAAGUAAAUUGCUUAAUAAAGGAGCUCAUUGUGGCAAGCUCUUUUGCUGGACUGAAGGUGCCAACAACCUGUACACUGUUCUUUUGCUCUUUCUAUGGCUGUGGUUGACCCAGGUCUGUUCCACACAAUCAGUGUUUGUGCUGAAUGAGUACAGCACCAAACCAUGAGUUGCCCGUACAGACGAGCCACAGGCCGAGCAUCAGAAUCACCUCAAGAUAUAAUAUUUGCCGCUUGCAUCAGCUACAAGUCACCAGGUGAUGAGUAAGCAAGCAGUGAUGUAAGCGCAUGUGUGAACUGGUCCACAGGGUAAGAAGGUGGUUGAUCUGAAAGACUGUGACAAAUACCAAGUGCUUUUGUAGAAAAUUAUCUGUGUCAGAAGCGCAUGCAAGCCUGAAAGCAUGAAUGUCGCCUUUCAGCAAUUAGAAACACUUUCUGGCUUGCGCACCUCAGCAGUGUAUAGUUGCAGUUUGCAGUGUAUAGUUUGCAGUUUGCAGGCUAUCUGUUCCUAGUUCUAAACAACUUUCGUAUCUUCUUCUCUGUUUUUGAUGAGACUGUCCUUCCUGCCCCCCCUUUCCAUUUCUCACCUCCCAGAUAAAAUGUCUAUAAACGCUAAUAGCUUAACUUUUGAUGUUUUUCCUGUUAAAUGUAUAUUUAAGAGUCUGUUUAUAAAAGAAUUCCGUUCUACUGUAAGCUUUCUUCAACAAUGUUCAUACUUUGUGUAAUCCGAUUUUAAUGGCCACAUCAGCAUCCAUUUGUAUGACAAUGUCCACUUCAAGCACACCAAAAUGUUCUUUUUUCCUUCAUACCAUAAUAAACUGCCAGGGAAAAAUUGCA